GUCUCAAUGCUAAAUUCCAUAACGGAGGUGAAUGUUAGAACCUAGAAGUUGGGCCAAUGUAUUUGAUCAAGAAGUUGUCCACGUUUGCUUUGUCCUAGCUCACGUUUACAGUUUUAAUUGACUGAGAGUAGUCAUUGUCAUAUCUGGUUGCAAAAAAACAGGGCUGGAUUUUCAAGAUGGGGAAACGAGAGGCUAUACAACGGUCGAACCGGAGAAAUGGUCAAUUCGCUGGUCUUCAUGGGCCCGACCUUCUACCAGCGGCUGAUCCACAUGGCUGAAGACAAGGUCAAGUUCCGUAACACGGGACCUGUUCACCCGCUCACCAGGCAGCCGGUUGCAGAUCGCAAGCGUUUUGGCGGGAUCAAGUUCGGCGAGAUGGAGCGUGACUGCCUGAUAGCCCACGGCGCAUCAGCAAACCUCUACGAGCGGCUCUACACGCUCAGCGAUUCCUCCCAGCUGCACAUCUGCCAGAACUGCAAGAACAUCGCCAAUGUGAUCCAGCGAUCUGUCCCCGGUGGGCGCAAGGUCAGGGGCCCUUACUGCCGUAUCUGCGAAUCCGUUGAUGACAUUGUGAAGGUGAAUAUCCCCUAUGGAGCCAAGCUGUUGUCCCAGGAGCUCUUCAGCAUGGGGAUCAGCCUCAAGUUCGAUACCAGACUUUGCUGAGUUGAGUAAUCAAGUUACAUGCAUGGGGACAAAAACUUAGGUGCAAAUGCUGACAUUUGUAGGGUCUGUUGGUAGUUUUUCUGUGUCAGUUGAAUGUGCUCCAAGUUGCAGAGACAAAACAGAAAUGCCCCUGAUCUUAUCUAGGACUAACAAAACAAACGGAAAUGUUGCGGUAUAUUUGCUGGGAACUAGUGUGCUGAAAACGGUUUUUGGCAGCACUUGUUGACUGUUAGGACUUUCGUAUGAACAAAGUGACUCAUGCAUGUUUUCUUUAGCAAACGAGUCGUUCGGUAAAUGACCGAACUCGGCCUAUGAUCAUACUGUUAAGGUUAGAAAGAUGGUUAUUUUGCCAGGCUUGGUGAAACCGUUCAAUGAUUGCAGUUAAAACCACAAUGGAUGUCCAACUCAGACUACGGCUGUGCCAGCCAUUUGCCAGCCAGAUGGUAUAAACUUUCAAGAAACAAGGACCAAAUGU